CCGACACCUUUUGAAAUGAACAAAAAGAGAGAUAAGAUCUUGCUAUAUUUAUCUAUGUUCCAUAUUGACCUCGCAUAGCAAUGGAUAAUUAUACUCAAAUAUAUCAGGUGGCCAUCAUUAUUUGGAUCAUUCAGGCGUGGAUUUCUUUUGCAGAAGGAACUACGUGCUUCCAUUGUGAUCAAAUACCGUUUGGCUUUAACGUGUCAACUUGUGCAAAGACAGUGAAAUGUGCACAAAAUCAAGUAUGCGCCGCUACCAUACUUCAUGACAACCUUGGAAAACAAUACCAUAGACUCGGAUGCAUUGAUCUAAAGGAUUGUGGUUCUGGAGACCCGUUACUAAUUGGUAAACGGAACACCAUCUCGUGUAUCAACUGUUGUAUUGGUGAAAACUGUAACACUCAACCGUGUAAUGUUCAACCGCAAGAGACAUGCUCCAGCUGGGAGAAUUGGACGCCGUGUGACGUCACGUGUGGUAGCGGGAAACAAUCUCGUCAGAGACAAUGCGUGCAUUCUUCACAGCAGACGAUAAAAAAUGAAAUGAAAACUUGCAAUAAUCAAGACUGCACAGCAGACGACAAAGCUUGUAAAGACGUAUAUGAGCAUUGUAAUUCACCUGACGUCAUGGGCACUUUGUGUUCCUCGUCCAAAAUGGCGGUACAGUUUUGUGCAAUGACUUGUGGAUACUGCCCUGUUAAUGGUCAAUGGUCGCAAUGGUCGGCCUGGUCCGGAUGUACAGCUUCCUGCGGAAGUGACGCACAUAGAUUGCGACUGCGCCUGUGCAACAAUCCGGAACCAAAACAUAACGGCACGUAUUGUGUAGGCCCGGACAGAGAACUUUCAUCAUGUGCAACCUCUUGCCCAGUGGAUGGAUCGUGGUCACAUUGGAGUACGUGGUCUUCAUGUAGUCACACAUGCGGAAAUGGUAUCAAGAACCGACACAGGACUUGCUCGAACCCACCACCGGCACACGGUGGCAAAAAUUGUUCUGGAUCGGCCUAUGAUAGCACUGGUUGUCGAGAUAGUGUCUGUGCAUUGCAAGUGGACGGAGGAUGGGCGGCAUGGUCUAAUUGGACACAGUGUUCUGCAACGUGUGGGGUCGGCAAAACGUCACGAUUUCGCACGUGCUCAAACCCUGUACCGAAAAAUGGUGGUAAAGCGUGCAAAAAUCCCGCACAUUUCAUUGAAUCAAAAUCUUGCGGAGCCAAUGACUGUCCAGUGGAUGGUGAUUGGUCGGACUGGUCACCAUGGCACCAAUGUUCUGUGACGUGUGGAGGCGGAAAAUCAUUUCGUUCCAGAUCAUGUUCGAACCCUGUUCCUACAAAUGGAGGAAAACCUUGCAAAAAUCCGGCUUCUUUUAUAGAGCGAAAAUCCUGCGGCGAAGUUUUAUGCUCAGUCACAGCAUCAGUAACAACAUCAAAGGCACCUACAACUUUGGCGUCAUAUUCUUCAACCGGAAGUAUGCCACCAAGUCAUACACAUGCGCACUCACUCGUUCCAGCUGUGGGUUGCAAUGACGUCGACUUCUGUUCAGAUACACGCAGUCAACAAUUACUUUGUCAAGACAUUUACAUAGCAACGACUUACUGUCCAAAAAUGUGCGGUUUAUGUGGUGUAACUAAUGCACCGGCAGCAUGUGUGGACAGUGUCGGGGGAAGUUGCCAUGACCCAUUGUACAUACAGUUUGCCUGUAAUGAUAAUGAACUUGCUGCGCUUUGUGCCAAAACUUGCGGUGUUUGUCAUUGAACCUUUACAAGGAAUAAAGAAAAUGAACAAUCAUUUACAUUCAUGCUUCUGUUUCAGUAUAUACUUUCUAUAGUG